CUCGUAUUCCGAUCCCAAUGAAUCCUAAAGCUCCUCCUCCGACCUCACAUCUUUUUCCUUUCUUGCUCGUCCUCCAGACUAUCGUUACUCGUUCACUCCCUCUCCGACAGGACUCGCACACCAUCCUCCGCAGUUCUAUCUGACAUCUCGUGCUCUUGACGAGCACACCAGGCCCCUCCUGAUUCACGCGAGCCUGUGUGAACGAGAGUGACCCUUUCUCUCUCUCUCUCCCCUUCGCUCUCGCUACUCAGCCCCUCCACCCCUCGGCUCCACCAAUCCUUGCCGUCGUGAGAUUUUCUUCCUCCUACGCUACUUGUCUCGAUUGACUAUUGUGCUUCCGGUUUCAUAUCUGUCCACUCCUUUCCGCUUCACCACGAUUCUGGAGCGAGGAACAGCGUUGCUAUCACGACCGGUCAUUGGAGUCUUCCCUAUCUGGUCAUCUUUCAUACAGAGACCUGGCCCUGUCUCGUCGAUCUUGGCCACAAGGAGUCAUUCGGGCACAAAGACCCAUUAACUUGGCGUCUUGAUGUCCCAGGCACCCAUGACCAACCUCCACCACAGUCACCCAGCUGUUUGGUUGUCGACCACCUUGUGACGGUCUUGCCCCAAAGUGAUCCAGCUAGACAUCGCCAGUCCCACGCCAUGAGUGAUGCCUCGAUAGCUUGAUUGCGAAGACCCUGUCCAACAUCAUGGACAAUAGAUCCACCAGGUAUCGCUCGCUCGACGCAAAAUCGGCGGUGCCUCCCGCAAGGAAACGCGACCGACACAACUCUGCUCCUACUUCUGAUCGACGCAAAGAUCAGCCUUCCCGCCAUGCUCCUUCGGCCAAGUCUAUUUCUGAUGGCAUCCAGCGGACAUCCAAACCUCCUCCUCGCCAGGAUUCUUUGAUCUCUCCCGAUAAAAGAAGUGCCGCUCGAAACUCGGAUCGGCGGUCGACUAGCGACCAUCCAUCACAAUCCAAUCUUGCAUCCCAGCCGAGUCUCUCGACAACACCGUCUUUCAACUUUCUGGUGCUGGGUGCUCCAAAGUGCGGUAAAAGCGCAUUCAUCAAGACCGCCAUUGACCAAGACGGCCCUCGCACUUCAACCCAGGUGACGGUCAAGGAGCAGUCAUAUCAUAUUCACUUCAUCGAGCUUUCUCUUGACGAUGCCGACUUCAGUAGUGAGAGGAGAAUCGAGUGGCCCCCCUACGUGAAUGGAGCUCCUUUCCCAGAUAUCGACGGUGUCUUUUGUCUUUACAGUGUGUCUGAUAAGGAGAGCGUUGCCGAUGUUCCUACAGCUCUAACUUCCAUGACAAAGACCGGGCUGCCAUGCAUGCUUGUGGCUUCUAAGAGUGAUACAAAGCAGGAAUCGCGCCAGAUCAACCCUGUUUUCCUCGAGCAAGUCAAGCGCAAUCUUGCUAGCGUUGCUAUUGCCGAAGUGUCCCUAAAGACACCUCAAAGUAUCAAACUUUGUUUCCUUAACAUGUUGAACCGAGUUAUCGGUUCUCCUCGUGCAUCUGCACGAACCAGCAAGACGCAAAAUGUUUCUGGCCAAUCGUCAACUCAACGAGCCAGAUUGAGAGAUUCGUCCCCCAAGAAGCCUCGUAGUCGAAGUCGGUCCAAAACUCGUUUGCAAACCUCGAAAUCCAAGGAAUUUCUCUUGAAUUUGUCCAUCAGACCAGCUGUGAUCGAAUCGGCCAAUGAAGAUAGUGAAUCGUCUUCAGCAGAAGAACUGACGUCCCCCGUGCGAAAGACCAAACUCCGACUAGACACUGCGGCAGCAUCGAGGCCUCAACGUCGACCCCAAGAACCCCAUACACCUGUAUCAUCUGGUGAUUGGACGAACAAAUUGAUGUCCCCAGAGCAGACAACAACAGCUACCGUUCCUGAAACACCAGAGUCGUAUUAUGUAAAGUCGAUGCUGCGUCCUGCCUCUCCAGAUCAUGUUGACAGCAAAGCUUACCGGACCUUCCUCAACAUGGACGAAGAUACCAAUGAGAUGUCACCGCGCGGAGAUGUCGAGCAACUGGGACCACCAUUGAACGUUACAAAACCCGAGGACAACAGCAAACAAGAACAGGGCUCAACUUUUGAAGAACUGGUGGAAAAGCUGCUGGUAUUACCCGCUAACAAGACUGAUUCGAGAUUUGUUCCCUCUUUUUUAUGCUUGUAUCGUGCAUUUGCAACUCCGAAGCAGCUCCUCGUCGCUAUUAUCGACCAUUUCGUGGCCAUUGAGAAAAGCAACAUGGUUCACUUUUCGAAGGUCGCCGAAAUGCUUCGGUAUUUGCAGGUACUCGCUCAGUGGACUGCAAACUAUCCCGGUGAUUUUUCCCAGGGUCCCGCUCGCGAAAAAGCUAUUCCUUUCGUGCAAACCAUCGAGAAAAGUAAAGUAUUUGCGCCGGCCGCAAGAGAAAUCAGCAACAAUCUGGAUACUCUAGUUCCAGACGAUGAUGUCGACUGGGCGUACACCGACCCGCCAAAGAAGACGCCCUCCUCCUCAGCAAAUUCCUUACCGUUGCUCAAUGUAGACGGAUCAAAAGCACAUCGAAAACCUCUCCAUGAUUCCGACAGCGAGGAUGACAAUAACGACUCGCCACCCCCUUCGAAUACUCCGUCAACAUCCUCUAGUAUGAGUAAGCCAUACAAUACCUCUAGUCAAUCUGCAACCAACGUCAUCCAAUUGGAAAAUGCCAAGUUACAGGCUGAAUAUCUCAAGAAGUCGAUUCCCCAUAUCCGUCUCAGCAAGCUCCAGUGGCACCAAUUCAUGGAGACACCGGUAGAGGAGCUAGCCAGGGAGAUCACUCGAAUCGACUGGACCAUGUACUCUUCGAUCAGACCACGUGACUUUGUGAGACAUGUUUUACUUUCAACAGAACAGAAGAGACGAUCUCGAGGAGUUGACAAUAUCAGCGCCAUGGUGAAGCACUUUAACCAUUUGGCAUUGUUUGUCUCUGGUAUGAUAUUACUUCGGGACAAGCCUAAACACCGAGCCAAGGCACUUGAGAAGUUCAUGGAACUGGCCUGGAAAGUCAGACAGAUGAACAACUACAACUCCUUGGGUGCAAUUGUCGCAGGUAUUACUGGUCACGAAGUUGCUCGAUUGAAUUCAACUCGGGAAUUGGUCUCUCCCGAAACUCUGAAAUCAUUUUUGAGGCUGACCAUACUUAUGGGCUUGUCACGCUCUCACGCUGCAUACCGAAUGGCUUGGGAUAAUUCCUUUAAUGAGCGCAUUCCAUUCUUGCCUCUUGUACGGCAAGAUCUCACCAUGGCUGCCUCAGCCAACCAAACAUACAUUGGUGACAAGAUAAACUGGAAAAAGUUUGAAAUCAUGGGAGAAGUCAUUGUUGGAAUGCAAAAAAGUCUCGAAAACCCAUAUUCUUUUGCACCCAAAACUUCCCGGACAGAGGAUACGGUCAAGCUGCUAUUGGAAACCAAGAUCGUAGAGGAAUCAGAGGAUUCGGCAGAUCCACGAAGCGAACUCUACGAUCGAAGUAUACAGGUUGAACCUCAGCAAACUGGAGCCGAUCCUCGAAAAAAAUUCGACUGGUUACGGCGCUGAUGAUUCGAACCGAACCUGUCAAUAUUCUGCAAGGGCCAGUCAUCUCAACCCAAUCGAUCCUGCUUCUCAAAUAGAACGUAGAACGGCUUCAAUUUGGCCAUGCAGACAAAUCCAGUGAACAACAAGGAAACAGUUCAAUGGCAGCGAUAGAGAAAAUAUUUCAAUAUGUCGAAACUUUUGCGAUCUCACCACCCACACCCAUAUAUUACGCAAUAAUGAGCUUAUGACCAUCCAACUUUGACGGCCGAAAAAUCGUUCUUUUCUUUUUGUUUGUCAAAAGAAGGAAAAAGGACAUUGCGAUCUGGUUUCAGAAGGAAUUUUUAUUGGUUCAGGCAUUGAUGUUUUUUUUCAACAGGCGAAACUGGCGGGACCUCUGCAUCUCAGAGGGCAUGUCUAAGGAUGUCAUUUUCAGGAGUUUUAUUUUACCCUGCUUGCCACUCCAGGCAGAAGGGAAAGGACAGACCAGUUUCUUGGAAGACUUUCAUAACUUUUUUCGUUUGUUGAGGUCGAGAAAGGUCGGUCAUCUGCAAGUGCAACACUCGGUACUGAGAGUUCGAAACAACAAAGGCAGUGGAGUUUUGUCAAGUUAGUGUAGAUAGGAGGCCAUCUGAUCGGUUCGAGGAAAAAGCUCGCGGUAAUCGGGGGCUCCCAAAAGGGACUGGCCAGUCAUAAUGACAAC